AUAAUAGUCCAUCUGUAGCAUCGAUCUGAAACACAGGAGGGCCGAGUACUCCGACGAUAAGAUUCUCGAUAAACAGUUAAGGUAGUGCAAACGCGCAGAACACAUCGACUUAACCUGUAUUAAAUAGGUGUUUUCCAAGAUAAAGACGUUUGGUAGUUGAUUAAUCAUUGUCAACAAUUUUAUUUGAUCGUUUCAUGGAAAUCUAAUUUGUGCAAUUCAUGGUGACAAUUCUUCCUACUUUUAUUUAUAUUCCAUCCAUAUCUUCACUACCUUUAUCUCCUGUAUCUCCUCUGAACAUAACAGGCCAGUUUUACUCAAGUGCGUCGUUAAUGUAUGUACACUGAGAAAAAUAUUUCUAAAAUUUAUUUCGCAACAUUUUCGUCCGCCAAAUUCAUGAGGACGUUCAAACGAUGGCAAUUUACCUAGAAAUUUUCUGCGGAAUCGCAGCCUUAUGUUUGGCGUUUUACUAUUACUUCAUCACGGUCCUCGAUUUUUGGAAAGUUCGAGGUGUUCCUGGACCACAACCAAUCCCAGUACUGGGUAACAUCAAGGAUGUUAUGUUAAUGAGAAUGUCGAUGAGCGAUUACUUGAAGAAAGUUUACGAUGAAUACAAACAUGAACCUAUGGUCGGAAUAUUUACCAGAAAAACGCCUAUAUUACUUCUUCAUGACCCAGAACUUAUUAAGGACAUUCUGAUAAAGGACUUUUCUAAAUUUGCUGAUCGAGGACUUCCUGUUCACGAAAAGGCAGAACCCCUAUCUCCGCAUAUCUUCAAUCUAGAAGCAAAAAGAUGGCGACCGCUAAGAUCAAGACUUUCACCAGUCUUCACAUCUGGCAAAAUAAAAGACAUGUUCCCACUCAUAUUAGAAUGCGCUGAUCAUUUGGAACAAUAUCUAGAGAAGGUUGUUGCAAGAGGAGAGCCCGUUGAGUGUCGCGAAUUAACAGCAAAAUACACAACGGAUGUGAUUGGUAGCUGUGCUUUUGGUAUUGAAAUAAAUGCGAUAUCCGAUGAAGAAAGCGAAUUUCGUCGAGUGGGUAGAACGGUAUUUGCUUUGAAUUGGAAGCAACUUCUGCGAUUCCGAGCUAGACAAAUGUUUCCACGACUCUACAAUUGGCUCGGUUAUAUACUACCACCCUCAGAAAUAACGACCUUCUUCACUAAGGUCAUCGUAGACACGAUAAAUUACAGAGAAAAUAAUAAUGUUACCAGACCUGACUUUGUUAAUAUGCUUAUGGAACUCAAGAAACAUCCAGAUAAAUUAGAAAAUAUUAAGUUAACAGAUAGUUUACUGACUGCUCAAGCUUUCGUUUUCUUCGUCGCUGGUUUUGAAACCUCUUCAACAGCAAUUAGCAAUGCUCUGUACGAAUUAGCCUUGAACCCUGAAGUACAGAUUAAACUGCGACAAGAAAUCAGGGAAUUUUAUGAUAAAAAUGAUGGCAAAUUGAAAUAUGAUGAAAUAAAGGAUAUGACGUAUCUGGAUUUAGUGUUUAAAGAAACCUUAAGGAAAUAUCCACCUGGACCACUCUUAUUGAGAAAGUCAAUAUGCAAUUAUACUUUUGAAGGUACAAAGGUCACGAUACCAAAGAAAACAUUUGUGUGGGUACCAAUAUAUCCUAUUCAUCGGGAUCCUGAUAUUUACCCAAAUCCUGAUGCUUUUAUUCCUGAGAGAUUUACUGAGGAAGCGGUUGCAAGCAGACACCCUAUGCAUUAUUUACCCUUUGGUGAUGGGCCAAGGAAUUGCAUUGGAGCACGAUUUGCAGUCUAUCAAUCCAAAGUUGGACUUAUAAAAAUACUUCGUAAAUACAAAAUUGAUGUUUGCGAGAAAACUAUGAUUCCUUAUCAAAUUGACCCAGCCGCUUUCUUAUUGGCGCCGAAAGGAGGAAUAUAUUUAAAAAUAACAAAAGUAGAAAGUUAAUAUAAAAUUUAAGUAACAAAAGAAAUAUAUAUUUUUUACUUCUAAUUUUAAGGAUCUAAAAUACUAUAGGAAAACAGUAUUUCCGAGAUGUGUAUACUUUUUAUUUAUAACUAAUAGACAAUUUUGUUAAAUUGAGAGUCAGUCUAAAACAAGUAAUAUAAAUUAUUAAAUAAAAACAUGACGAAUUUGUCUUUUGUUUUAUAGUGUGAUUAGAUAAUUAGAUAUUCAGAAUUUUUUUAUAAUAUAAUAUUAUUUAUAAAUAAAUUGUAUACUAGAUAAAUUAUUUCAGAUUGCAAUUUUACAUAUCUGCUUUGUUUUUGAUUAUAAGGAAAAAUAUUUAGAGAUGGAAGUAUUGUGCAGAGAUAGAAAGAAUAUUAGCGGAAGGAAUGCAAGUACGAUUGGUUGUAGUCGGUAAGUCACACCUCACGCACACUUAUUCUAGAUCGUCACGUCUUAUUGGCCAAUGCGAUCACAUACUAAUCGCGUCGCCUGACAAAGAAGAAAAAUGAAACUUUGUGACCAAGUGAGAUAGUACGAAGUCAGCGUUGCGAUGAACUUUAAACGCGAGGAUCAAAGGGGAUAGGGCGGAGCAUGCGAAGUGCUCCCUUUGCCCCUGUGCCCUCUCGCUAAUAUUCUUUCCAUCUCUGCACACUAUUUAUUUCAAAAACCCAAAUAUAAUAGCAAUGUUUUUUGUAACUAGUAGAUGUAUCAUUUGUGUUUUUUUAGGUAUAAAAAACAUUGAGUUGGUUCAAUUAAAUGGAAUACUCUGUAUUUUGUGAAAUUUUAAAAAAUUUUAUAAAUCUAUUGCAUGGCAUUCUGACGUUUAU